GAAUCGUCGAGUGGAUGUACGCCAUCAGGGCAAAGGCCGCAUGUCACACGACACCGAACUCUAUGACGUACUCGAGCUGCCACCGGACAGCGAGCAAGAUGCGAUCAAGAAGGCCUACAGACGGCUUGCAAUGAUUCAUCAUCCGGACAAGAACACGACUGGCGAUCAUAGCCAAUUUCAGAAGAUACAGGCAGCCUAUGAGAUCCUCUCUGAUCCUCACAAACGUUCGAGAUAUGACGCCGUCGGUCUCGAAGGUCUUCAGCGAGGCGCAGGACCGUCCUCGGCGCCAGACCAGGGGGAUCUGCAGGACUUCUUCGAGAUGUUCUUCGGCCGGCCAGGCGCGGAGCAGACGAUGCGCAGACGGGCAAUGAACCAAGUCGUUCACGUCCAAGUCACGCUCGAAGAGAGUUUUACUGGCGUCACCAAAACGUUCGAUCUCGAGCGUCAGCGAAUCUGCAAGACCUGCGGCGGAACAGGCGCUAGGCAGAAUGCUAAGCUGCGCCGCUGCGGCAGAUGCAGCGGUGAGGGAGAAAUCGCCCAGCAUACCUUGCACGGACCCGAGAUGUAUUAUGUCAGCAUGAUUCGCUGCGCCAUCUGUAAAGGGACGGGUCACCGCGUGAGGGAGCAAGACCUGUGUGCCGGAUGCAAAGGCGCGGAGACGGUCGAGGACAAGCUCAAGCUCGACGUCCCUCUCGAGCGCGGCAUACAGGACGGUCAUAGAAUCAUUCGCGAGAGUGAAGGUGACGAGAAAGCAGAGCUCGAGCCAGGCGAUCUCAUCUUCCGUAUCACUCUCUCGCAUCAUCCUGCGUUCUCGCUGCUCAUCGACGGCGGCCUAUUCUGCAAUGUCACACUCACGCUAUCAGAGGCCCUGUUCGGCUUCUCUCGGUUGAUUUUGAUCCAUCUCGACGGUCGAGGUCUGCGUGCAAGCAUGCCGGACAUGGGCCGGCCCGGUCACCGAAUAUUACGGUCGGGCGAUCUCGUCAAGAUACGCAACGAGGGCAUGCCUCGACCCGAUCGUUCACCCCAGGGCGAUCUCUAUCUGCGCAUCCAACUCGAUUUGCCCGACCCAGCAUUCAUUGCAGCCAGACGAGCUCAAGGCCUGACAGCAUGUCGCUCCUGUCUGACAAAGUGAGCUAUACUGAUGCGCUCUGCAGGCCUUGCGAGACAUCCUUCCGCCCGGUAAGCAUGAUGCUUCAGACGAGAUCGAUCGCACCCAGCUUGUUGCUCUCGAAUUCGUCGACAGACUCC